AUGCUUCUCUCCAGCCUUCUGAAGGUGGUCAUGGCUUCACUGUGGCUAGGAUCCAGUAUUGCCCAGAAGGUAACUCAAGACCAACCAGUAAUAUUAGUGCAGGAGAAGGAGGUUGUGACCCUGGAUUGCAUAUAUGACACAAAUGAGUUCACUUAUAGUCUAUACUGGUACAAGCAGCCCAGCAGUGGGGCGAUGAUUCUCCUUAUUCGUCAGGACUCUUAUAACCAGCAAAAUGCAACAGAAGGUCGCUACUCACUGAAUUUCCAGAAGGCAAACAAAUCCAUCAAACUUGCCAUCUCAGCUUCACAGCUGGAGGACUCUGCAGUAUACUUCUGUGCACUGAGUGAGCCCACAGUGAGAGGCGUGUUGGAGGCAGGAGGAACAAGAGCCCAGACAGUGACUCAGCCUGAGGACCACAUCUCCGUCUUUGAAGGGUCCCCAGUGCAGGUGAAGUGCAACUACUCAUAUUCUGGGAGUUCUGUGCUCUUCUGGUAUGUACACUACCCCAAACAACACCUCCAGUUACUCCUGAGACACAGCUCAAGAGAGAGUAUCAGAGGUUUCACGGCUGACCUCAACAAGGGUGAGGCAUCCUUCCACCUGAAAAAACUAUCAGCUCAAGAGGAAGACUCAGCGGUGUAUUACUGUGCUCUGAGGGACACAGUAACUGGUUUUACAAAGGAAGCAGAGCACAAACCCCUUAAGAGUUACUGA